AUCAGGUAACGGCAAGGCUACAUUAGCCAGACUCUAAAAUGCAACUGAUGCUCCCAGGAAUGAUCCUCAAUCUGGCUAACUUCUGGGAAAUAUACUUUAACUCAAUCUCCAACCUUUUAAAGUGAAAAAUGUGUCAAUUCCCUCCUAUAAUCAUUUUUGAUAGACCUCCUCUCUUCCCGGUGGGGGCCCCGGCCGCUGAUCAACUUUGUGGCCAGCCUACCUCUGAAUGAUGAGUCACUGUAACAUGCGAACCAAAAUCUGGAUCUAGUGAAUUUAAAUAUGGUUCCAUGAGGGCCUGUUUGGCCUUGGUGGAGCUAUGCGCUCUACUGAGUGCCAUUCUAGGGUUAAUUAUGAAUUUGACAUUUCAUUUGUAAAAUGAUUUGGCUAUUUUUCCUUGCCUUUGAAAAUGUUCACUUUGGCCAGAUGAUGUGAUACUAGUCGACAUACAGUAUGUUUUAAUUCGUUCAUCCAGCCCCCCCCGCCACACCCUACAUUGAGGCAUAAGAGCCACAAGGUGGCGCCGUCCACCUGCCAACACGUUACAAGGAUUUGACAUACCUGAUGGUUUUACAGCGCAAAUGUGGAGGGUUCAAUCUAGAACAGGUUUUAUUUUCUGAACUUCAGAUGAGUAGAUGUGAGACGACUCAAAAACAUCGUCUGUCACAAAGUGUUAAAUCAGAGGUUCCCCUGAAGAAUAAUGACAUUUGUUCCCUUGGUUCUCGUUACACGUCUGUCUCUCUGCUAAUGCCAUUAGUGCUGACUGGAUUCACCAGAGACGCUGCUGUGUCAGGUGGUUUGAGAGGUUCCCCUCCACAACAAACCCAUCAGUUCAGAGUGGACAGUUGCCAUGGUGACCAGGUGAUCUAUCUGUCUGUCUGUCUAUCUAUCUAUCUAUCUAUCUAUCUAUCUAUCUAUCUAUCUAUCUAUCUAUCUAUCUAUCUGUCUAUCUGUCUAUCUAUCUAUCUAUCUAUCUAAAAUUUAAAAUUAUCAAGCCUCUUUACAUUUCUUUGUCAUAAAGUUUUGAAAACUACUUCUUAGGAAUCAUUUCCAAUUUAAAUGUAGAUGCUUGACUUUUUUCUGUAUAGUAUUUAACUUUGUUUGAACUUCCAUUUCUUCUUCACAAAAAAGACACAUUUCUUACUCCCUGUCGUUGUUCAAACUACUUUUGCACAUGUUUUCCUUAACCUAUGUCAAAUGUACACAAUCGCUGUCUUUGAUCUUUUCAGCAGGCUUACGUGUAAAUAAAAAGCAGUUGGACAGUGGGGUAUUUUUUAUUUUGUUGAGGCCUUAUUCUUACUGCCAGUGCUUAAAAUCACUCUUUAACAAUAUCCCUGGUGAGUCGUGAGAUGAUAUGUGACCGGCUGCUCGCUAUGGUCGUCUGAAUCUGGGAGAUUACUCACUAAAACCAAAGAGUUAGGGUGGAAGGGUUGAUUAAAUUUGAGAUGUCUAUAAGCUCUCACAUGCACCUGCAAGGGGUGGAGGGAGUGAAGAAGGGGAAGGGAGGGGAGAAAAAGGAGUGUAGCACGGAUGAUUGGACGAAACAGUUAUGACUGCAAGGAUAACAGACAGGCAGGGGGGGGUGCAUAUACAAACAGAUAGAAACAGUCAAGGUGAACUGCAGGUGAGCAGGUGAGGAACCUGAGAAGGAGGGGGAAGGCUGCAAGGGAGAAUUUGAUCCUCGCUCAGGUUGGAAACUCAAGCAUCUGUCGACGCAUCCAGCUCAGUGUGCAGUAUAUAAGAGCGGCGCAGCUUGUCAGUGGACACCACAAAGCCUUAUCAUCCUCCUGCUGCUGCUUUGGACCUGGACGGACAGGACGCCGAGCCAACAGCGGACCAACAUGUCGCUCACCUCCAUCCUUUCAGCUGAUGCCAUUGAAAAUGCUGUCAAGGACUGCCAAGCCCCGGACUCAUUCUGCUACAAGAAGUUCUUCCAGCUGUCUGGCCUGUCCUCGAAGACGCCCCAGGAGGUCAAAUAUGUCUUCCAGAUCCUCGACGAGGACAAGAGCGGCUUCAUUGAGGAGUCUGAGCUCAAGUACUUCCUGCAGCGGUUCGUCAAAGGGGCGCGAACACUGACCGAGGCAGAAACCAAGAGCUUCAUUUCAGCUGCUGAUGAUGACAGUGACGGCAGAAUUGGAGCAGAGGAAUUCCAGACGAUGGUCCUGUCCUGAGUUUUGCAGACGAAAGGAGCUCAAUUAUGUCACUGUUUUAAAAAAUGAUCAUUUAAACACAAGAGGCUUUAUAGUAGUUUCUCCACUGUGUUGGUCCAUGUUUUCUUGUCUGUGCACAUCCCAUCUUUGACAAUGAAUGAGAUAAAUAAACACGUGGAAACAUA